AUGACCUCCAAACCGGGUUCGAGAUGGAAUUUCCUACAGCAGGCCGUCGCCUCUGUCGAGUCAAGACUGGAUGACAUACUCGCCGAAGAGGGCGACCGCCCAAAACGAACACACACUCCCACCCACAACAAGAAACCCUCCUCCGAUUUGUCUAGAAGCAGCAGCACUGCCUCUGCCUCCAAUGACCGCCUUCAGGAGCGCCUCGCUCGGGCGAUGGCAAAGAAAAAUGCUAGUCGUACGGAAAGCCCAGUCCCUUCCCAGGAACAAUCGCCGAGGCCGGUUUCACGAGGAGGUGAUGCAUCUGCUUCGGUUUCAGACAUCGCGAAAGUGGCAGAUCCGUCUCCGUCGAUUUACGAUCAGACAGAUAUUGAGCUGCGGACUUCUAGUGACGUAGGCGAGAACGCGAGGCAGGAUUUGGGGAGUGACAAAGCAGUAUCAGAAUCCACAGCAAUAGCCAAGCAGGAACGACAUAGAACAGCACCCAUCGUUAUGGAACAGCCAGAUCUGGACUCAGCACGGCCUUCAGCGGAGAUACUGAGGGAUGGUCAGACUAUGCCGAGCAGACUAUCGGAGGAUGUGCAGAGAACCAGCGAAGACGAUGGAUCAAACCCUUAUAAGGACGAGACAAUGGAAAUGCAAGAAGAAAUAAAUACCUACCUCGAACGCAUCGAUGCGCUCCGAAGAAAUCUUGAGAUACUGGGUCAAGAAGUUGCCCAGUCAGCUCAAAAGGCCGCUGACUCUGCGAGACAAGCAGCUGCCUCGGCGGAGGCGGGCAGUCUGGAGCAAAAGAUCUCUCAGAAGGAUGCGGAAAUAGCUGUCCUGAUCGAAGAAGGCACCAGAUGGUCAAAGACCGAAAUGGAUCUUCGAAGCAUGCUGAAGAAAGUUCGAUCUCAAGCAUUGACCAACGCCAAAGAACAAGAAGCUGCAAGACUUCGCGCAGACCGGGCUGAACGUGCGCUGAGAGCUAUGGAGGACCGAGCCAGGAAAGCCGAAGCUGCAAAUAAGCGUGCAGAGCAAACUCUCGCUGCAAAUGCUGUUGCGGCAAAGGAUGUUGAAGCAAUGCGGAAAGAGCGGGAUGCAUUGAAUGCCACACUAGCGGAAAUGAAAUCGCAACUGUCCAAAGCCAAUAUGCGGGCUGAGGCCGCGGAGAGUAAAGUGCAGUCGGAACAACUGGAGAAGGAAAGACGGAAAAUCGUCGAGCUGGAGGAUGAUUUGACCGUUGCUAAAGUCGAGCAUGAAUUAUCUGAGGGGAAACUGCGGAAGGAGAUUCAAGAUUUACGAAGCGAGCUGGAGAAGCAGAAAGAGCAGACACGCACUAUGGAGAGCGAAAUGUUGAGUGAACAAGCCGCCCUAGAAAGCAAGCUUGAGUCUUUCCGCGUUCGAGCUGAAGUGGCCUCCUCAGCAGACCACGGUCAUGCCCAAGCCAAACUCCUUCGGCAAAUUGAGAUCCUACAGACUCAAUAUACCACAGCGAGCCAGAACUGGCAAGGGAUCGAGAGUUCCCUUCUGGGUCGGAUCACGAACCUGGAAAAAGAGCGUGAUGAGGUUGUGGGAAGAGAGGCAGAGCUGCGGAAGAAAUUGCGAGAUGCCACGCUGAAGUUGAAGAACGUGGAAAGGGAGCUGGCUAACACUCAAAGUAACUAUGCGGACAUGGAUAAGUCAUUGGCGGAUGCAAUCGAGGAAGCACGGCGGCAACAACGAAAAGUGAGUCAGCUUGAGACAGACCUGGCAAAUGCUUUGAAGGACCUGGAGGAGCAGAAGGGAAAUUCGGAGAAGGAGUUGCAACGGAGGAUCGACGAGGAGAAAUCAAAAUGGACCGCAGCUUCGCAUGUCCAACGCACAGAUUCUCCAGCGACCUCGAUCCGCAAAAGCUCGGGCCUGGCAUUCGACAUUAAUCAUCUCAUGAGCCCAACACAGUUUGAACGGGGCAGCAGUCGGCGACCCUCCAUCAUGCCCAACACGUUCGACUCGAAUACUCCGCCUCGUCAACAGUCUACGACAUCUUUCCGUGGCCUGGCAAACGGCUCCAUUGCAGAGACGCCUUCUGUGGUCACCUCGAUGGAUCCAGACGAGUAUUUCGCGAAUGUUCCACCCACGCCCAUAACCGCAAGCCAGCACUCUCAGCGCGGAGGCUUGAAUGAUCUAGUCUCGACCUCCACAGUUGGCGCUGGCCCUUCUGUGCAAUUGGUCGAACGAAUGUCGGCCAACGUUCGUCGACUCGAAAGCGAAAAAGCCGCUUCCAAAGACGAGCUCGCCCGCCUCACCACCCAGCGCGACGAAGCCCGGCAGGAAGUCGUCGGCCUGAUGCGCGAGGUCGAGACCAAGCGGAAGAUCGAGAAACGGUUGGAGGCGCUGGAGAAGGAGCAUGCCAUUCUCAGUGCAAGACACCAGACCACGCUAGAAUUGUUGGGGGAGAAGACCGAGCAGGUGGAAGAGCUGAAGGCCGAUAUUGUUGAUGUCAAGCAGAUGUAUCGACAGUUGGCGGACACGAUGAAAUAA